AUGGUAGUUCCAAUGCAAGGACAACCAUGCAUAAGGGACAUCUAAAUUAUGUUGUGUGAUUGUAGACUAUAGUCUUUAAGUUUUAAAGUUAGCGUCACGAUGCACUGGGCAAUGUUUACUUCCAAUGCAAACACACAUACGGAGAGUAAGCGCAGCAGAGUGACGCGCUGGUGCACGUCCACAGCUCACAGUCCCCAUUCAGCCCGCAGCAGGAAGUGUGCUGAAAACACCGAGAAAACGACGGUGGAGCCGCCCGCUGAAGGAAACAUAAAAAUAAUUAAAACAAUUAUGGCGAACGACUGAACGUGCAAUAAACCCAGAGAGAGCAUACACCCCCAUCCCUGAUCAUUGUGCACGUCUGUAAGUCGGCUCUCAUCUGGUGCCCUGCAACUGUCCAGACCCUCUCUGAACUGCUGCGACCGAGUGGAAUUGAAAGGCUGUUUGGAGAGAAUAUCUGCCACCCAGGUAAAAUGGCUGAUUCUACAGAAGCAGAGAGCUGAACAUCACACAUUGCCCCCUUUUCUUCUUUGUUCGAGGAUCAUUUUAUGUGGACAUUUCCCCUUCCAUUUCAAAUUUCUCAUCAUGGCUAUGCAUGAUAUGAAUCGUGCCAAGGGUUUCCCUUGCAAAGAAUGCGACAUGAUUUGCCCAAGUACACCUAGCCUUCUGGAGCACAUGAAAGCACACUAUCAUCAAGAAGAGAAUGGCAGAUUUGAAUGUGAGCAGUGUGGACGCAUUUUUAAGCAGGCCAUUAGCUUGGCUUCUCACAAAAAAACUCAUGAGAUGGGCUCCUUCCAAUGCCCAGUGUGCACCAGAACGUUGCCCAAUGCAAUGGCGCUAAAAAACCACCUCAGCAUCCACACCCUGUCUCCAAGUGCCCAAGCUGAAGAGGAGAACGAUGAUAAUGCAGAUGAAGACAGGAAUUAUAAUCUAGCACAAAAUCUGUCUGACGCAAGUUUCAGAAGUCACAUAAGCAACAGUGGAAUGCUGCCUGGCCAUGACCACGAUAAGCAAAAAUCUCCAGGAUCUGAAGAUGCCUGGGACAGACCGUUUAAGUGUGACCAAUGUGAACGGACUUACCGACACCAUGGCAGCCUGGUUAACCACAAGAAGUCCCAUCAAGAGGGCACGUAUAAGUGCAAUGUCUGUUACAAACAGUUCAACAAUCUUGCGGCCCUUAGUGCUCACGAGCGUACUCAUUCAAAAUUUAAACUUCCUGGUAUGUCCAUGGGGGCCCUUGUGCCUGAAGCGCCAUCUGACCCUCGCACUCCAGGGCCCCACAAUGAUGACAUGGCACCCAGCUUUUGCCACCUGUGUCAGGUGGCUUUGCCUAAUAAGAAUGACUUUCAAGAACACAUUUUGUUACAUAAUGCUGCAUCGUCUUCUUUGGGGCUUACGCGUAGUUUCCCCAGUAUAGUGUCGCAUAAUCUUAGCACUGUUCGCUCCCCCACAGUCAAUCCAUAUACACCUGCUCUAGGUGACCCUCUUCCGCUUCCUCUAUUACCAGACAAGCGUUAUGACCCAAUGCUUGGCCCUCCUGUUAAUAAUUCCAUAUUCACCUGUGCGUAUUGUGGAACAGGACAUCCUGACAUAGAGAGUCUCAAAAUGCAUUAUCUUACCCAUGACCCACACACCACAACACAUGUGCAUGACAGCCCUGCUAUUUUAAAUUCAGAUGGACUGGCUUCAAAUUCACAACCAUCAGUAUCGUCAUCCAAUGGCGAGACGAGGUCUCAGAAUGCGUCUGCAGCCAUUGAUGACGCUGAACGUAGAUUUAAGUGCCAAGAGUGCGGGAAAAGCUAUCGACAUGCAGGGAGUCUAGUUAAUCAUAAACGCUCCCAUCAGACAGGUCAUUAUCAGUGCACCGUUUGUUGUAAGCAGUAUUCACACUUAGCAGCCCUUCACAGCCACCUCCGUAGUCACAAGACUCGGCCAAAUUCACAGUCGAUGGGCACAGAGGGAGACUGGCUUUCCUCUGAGCCAAUGACAGGGCUUGACUCUCAACAAGGCUUUGUACAUUCUCAGGACCAGGAGAGCGGUGCGACCACCCCUAUAUCGCUCCCUGGUAAUCUUGGUGAUGCAGCCCACUUUGUCCCAGACGGUGGCCAUAACAGUGGCCUGGAUUCGUUGGAAUUCCAUGACCGAUUUGACGGCACCUUAGCUCAAAGCAGUUCUGGCCAUUCACCUCUUCCACAAAAUCAUCGUCAAGCAGAAGGUGUGAACCAGGGUGCUAUGUCCAAUAGUUACCUGGGUAACAUGAGCUUCCAUAGUGCUGGUGGCGCCUCCCUGCCAGCAGGGAGCGCCAACCUCAAAGAAAGUAGUCGACAGCGCCGUGGUCACAACCAGAUGCCUUAUGGAGGAGGACAAGCUAACUCCCAGAGCAACAGUAAGAGAAUGGAUAACAAAGAUGAUGAUGACAAUGGAGAGGUUUACCAGUGCACAGUCUGCGGAAACCAUUAUGCCAGCCUGAGGGCACUUCGUAGCCACUUGCGAAGCCAUGGGGUUAACCAAGGGGCAGGGCCAUCGUCUGCUCUUUCUCCCAUUGGUGAGCAAGAAUGGAGGAGGCGGCAAGAGGGUAUUGCGGCCGGUCUUUUGAUCUGUAGCACCUGUGGCCAGAGCUUCAACAGAAAGCAGGACUUGUUAAACCACCAGCUGGCCCACGGACCUGCAAGGCCAGAUGGAUCUGCACAGGGCUUGGGUGGCGCUAGCUCUAAUUCUAAUGGCAAAAUGGAUGGAAGGAACCACAUUUGCGUUGACUGUGGCAUGUUCUUUGCAGAUCGCCAUCAGCUGAUCACUCACCUGUGUCCAGGCAAGGCGAGAGCAGGGGGAUUGAACAAGGGCAUGAACGGAGCUAAAGGAAUGACGGGUGGUGCUGGUACCAGUGGUGGCGGGGGCCCCGUAGACCCUCAGCAGAUGCCUGACUCUGAUGAUCGGCCCCACAGGUGCGACCAGUGCGGCAGGAGUUACAGGCACCCCUGCUCCCUGCUCAACCAUAAGAAAUCUCACAAGACUGGGGUCUUCCGCUGCCUUGUCUGCCAAAAACGCUACUACAACCUACUGGCUCUCAAGAACCACCAGCGGACUCAUUUUGACUUAAAGAGGCACAAGUGCGAGGAGUGUGGGAAAGCCUUUAAGAUUCAGAAGCAGUUGAUAAAUCAUCUGCGCUUGCACGAAGAGCACAGAGCGAAGACUGGAGAUCAACAAGACCAACGUGUUCAAGGCAUGUCUCAUCCCAAUGGUGCCCGCUAUGAGGGAGGUCCAUCGCAGCUCCAAGCUAUGAGGCUGGGGGAACCCAAAAUUCCGAACCCUCCCAUGAACACCAAUUACGGUCAACCUCAAGGUUACAAGAAACCAUAUGCAGGGGCCAGGGCUCAACAAGUUGAUGAUGGCAGCGGCCGCCGCCCCUUUGCUUGCGAUCAGUGCGGACGCACUUACCGUCAUGCUGGCAGUCUGGCCAAUCAUAAGAAUCUACAUAAGAUCGGUGAAUACCACUGCAACGUGUGCAACUCCACUUAUCCAAAUCGACUGGCAAUGAAGAACCACCUCCGCAUGCAUUUCGCUCUUAAGAAGUAUACUUGCUCUGAUUGUGGUAGGGGCUUCAGAAACCAGCGGCAGCUUGAAACGCACACCAGCAACCAGCUCUGCAAAGAUCUUCCUGGUCCCAGCGUUCAGAGCGCUCCUCCUCCAGCUGAAUAUGAGUGCGAUGGGUGCUCGCAGAUCUUUUCUACAACCACAGACUUGGCCUCGCAUAACUGCAGUUCCCAGCUUCCAUCUUCCUCGGCCUCCCUCAACAGCUGUAAUAUGAGCAUGGAUACAGGUGACCUGGGGUCUCCGGAGCGUGAAGAACGCCCUUUCACCUGUGACCUUUGUGGCUGCUCUUACAAACACGCUAGCAGUCUGCUUAACCAUAAAAAUACACACAAAAUAGGCAACUUCAGCUGCUCGUAUUGCGAUAAGCCCUACUCCAACUACAUGGCCCUGCGCAACCACAUGCGCAUCCACACGCAGAAGAAGCGCCAUAUCUGCUCAACUUGUGGCAAGGCUUUUCGGCUGGCCCGCUUCCUUCGGAACCACCAGAGAGUCCACGAGGAGGGCCACACCCGUUUUGGCUGCCCCACCUGCGGGAAGAGCUUCCAGGGUCGAUCUGGGCUGGCCAGGCACCGCUGCGGGGACAACCAGGUAGGCAGAGAGGGCGUAAGGAAGGCCACUUCAAGCACAAGAGAGGGAGAGGAGUGCCGGUUCACAUGUGACCAGUGUGGCCGUUCCUAUAGGCAUGCCAGCUCACUUCUUAACCACAAAAACACCCACACCGUCGGCAUCUACCACUGCGCUGUGUGCCUCAAGACCUACUCCAACCUGCUCGCACUCAAGAACCACCGUCGCAUUCAUUCUGAGACUCGGCGGCACCACUGCCCUGAGUGCGGCAAGGCUUUCCGUGUCUCUUCCCAGCUACAAAAUCACCGCCGUGUGCACCAAAAGGAGCGUGAGUUUGCCUGCACUCUGUGCCACCGGAGCUUACCCACCCAGGCUAGCUUCCGUCUCCACUUGGAAAUGCAACAUGGCCGUGCCCCGAAAAUAUCACCGCAGCCUGGGGUUUCGUCCAGUCGCUCUGAUUUGAGUUGGAGCUCUGGGCUUGACCUUACGCUGAUACAGACCCAGGGAAUGGAUCCUAAUGGGCUCCCAAAGCAUAACACAUUGCACCACGGUCCCAGUGGCAGCAGCUCAGCUGGGCACCAACAACAGCAUUUACAGCAGAGUCGCAAUGAGGCGGGGUGCAAGUCACAUGUCUGCAGUCAGUGCGGACGCGGUUACCGUCAUGCUAGCUCGCUUCUGAAUCACAAGAACAGCCACAAGAUGGGCACCUAUUUCUGCAACUCCUGUCAGAAGGAAUUCUCAAACCUUAUGGCACUCAAAAACCACAGACGCAUCCACACAGAACCCAAACGUUACCAGUGCCCGGACUGCGGCAAAGCUUUCCGUGUUUCCACCCAGCUCAUCUGCCACCGACGCAUCCACACCAAGGAGAAGCCUUUCUCAUGUCAACAGUGUGACAAGCGCUUCUCCAGCAAGUCCAACUUAAGACACCAUCAAAAGGUCCACUGGAACAGUUCGACACCUUCUAGUGGUCUGAACAUGGACGCCACCAACUUCUUGGGUAUGCCCUCUGGGCCUUUUCUAUAAGCGGAAGCAGAACUAAUGGUUUGUCAUGUUGGUUCAUGCCAAGGUUUUUGGAGGUGCCAAAUCCCCCCUCCCCCACCCAUGUUCAUCUCUAGUCACUUUAGUGCUCGAGGUGUGGCUGUGAGGCUUUUUUUUUUAGCCACUUGUUGCUUAGGUUAAGAGAACUGUCCCUGCAUGUAAACUUUGGAUUAUACAAUGGAAGUUACAUCAUGUAAUGACUGUUAGGUUUAGGUCAUAACACAUUUUUCCCUCCCUUACUCUCAUCCUAAACACCACUUGUGACCUUACUUACAUUUUCACAGUUCCCUUUGGGGGUGGGGGGACAUUGAGGGCCACUGCCUUCAUUUUCUGAUACCAGCCUUUCAAAGAAGUGCACAAAGAAGUGUCACAAUAGCUAGAGUUCUGUUUUAAUUCUUAAAAUUUUCAGAUGAGGCAUUUCCAUUUAUAUGGGAAAUAACCACCGAUUUUCAUCGGAUUCAUGUUAGAUCAGUAUUGUUUUUGGGAUUUCACAAUGGGCAGGUUAUAUUAUAGCAAAUGUAUAGUGACUGGUUCCAGAUGAAUACAUAAAAAAAACCAUCUGCAAAAUCAUCUGUAUUGAAGUCAUACAUUCAUUUCAUGUCUGGAACAGCCUCGAAAGCAUUCACAAUUUCCAGUCCUAGACUAUACAAAGAAAAUGUGUUGAUUGUCCAAUGAUUUCUGAGAAAAAUGUCAAGCAACUUGUAUGUUUAACAAGUAGAAGUAACUAUGUUUAACAGUGUAUAGAGCGUAUUUGAAAAGUCUUCAGUUAAUGGAGGCAACACAUUGCUGUGUUGUGUAGAACUGUCAACGUUCUUUUAUUUUGUAUUUUACCCCCGUUCUUUUGACAUUCUAACUUUUCUAACUUGUGUGUUUCUUGCAGCACGGAGGUGAGCUUCAAACCUUAUUAUUCAGCAGAUGACUGCAUUGCGCUUAUUGGGUUCGAUUCUUAGUGGCAUCAUUUGUUUGUUCCCUAUUUAAUUUUACAAUGUUGCUCAGAACCCAUAUUUUAAAACUGCAACUAGCUAGUGUAUAGAAAUGAUAGGUUGUGCUAUAAAAAAAAAAAAAAAGAGAAAAAAGUAAACGGGGGGACAAAAUGUAUAUUGAUAGGCUUGUAAUGGCAUUCGGUUUUAACUUGUAUUGUAUUGUACCUCUGACUGUAUUAUUUACAGGAAAACUUUUAUAAAAGAUGACUGUAGUAUGCAUUUUAUUUAUAUUAACACUUGUAACUGAAAACGCUAGUUUUAGUGUCUCCUGUUCCAAACCCUUUUUGUUUCGACACUUCCAUUCUUCAGAGGCUAUCGGACACGGAGUCAGGAAUGGCAGGACUCCUAAAGAACACUUGUUAUAGUGUAUAUCCUUUUUCAUUGCCAUUAUUUGUUAUGCUUUUAAACGAACAUUUCUGUCCCUUGUGCAAUAAACAGGGAACUGUUA